AUGGUCUCCUCAUCCUCCCUCCUGCUAGGCCUCGCCCUCCUCGUCACAAACACAGCAGCCCAAUCCUGCUGGCGCAACGCAACCUGCACCCACCCAACAGAAGCCUCCUUCCCGGGACCCUGGGACGAAAAUAUCUACGCCCCAGACUCCCGCACAGCCCGCCCAAAAUCCAUCCUCUCCCUCGCCACAGGCGACCAUCUCGCCUCCUUCCCCUCCCCCGAGUCCCAAUCCCUCAGCGGCAAUGGCUCCGCCCUCGUCUUUGACUUUGGCGUCCUCGUCGGCGGCCUCACCUCGGUGAACUACACCCUCUCCGGCACCGGCACCGGCACCGGCAACACCACCACCACCGCCACCGAGCCCGUGACCCUCGGCCUCGCCUGGACGGAAGCAAAGAACUGGAUCGGCGAGUACUCGGACAACUCCAACGGCAACUACCGCGGUCCAGGCCAAACCCUCAUCUCCGUUGACGGCGCCCUCUUCCACCAAAUCACCGUCCCCGGACCGGGCUCCUACACCGUCCCCUUCCCCCAGCUCCGCGGCGGCUUUCGAUACCUCACCCUCUACCUCAUGACAAAUACCACAACGACCCCUUCACCAACCCUCGCAAUCAACGACAUCGCCCUCGAAGUCGUCUUCCAACCAACAUGGUCAAACCUCCGCGCCUACCAAGGCUACUUCCACUCCUCCAACCCAACUCUCAACAAAAUCUGGUACGCGGGCGCCUACACCCUCCAAACCAACGCCGCGCCCCCCGAAACAGGCCGCGUCCUCACGGAAGACAUCACCAACGGAAGCUGGUCCAACGACGCCUGGCUCGGCGUAGGUUCCUCCCUCCUCCUCGACGGCGCCAAACGAGACCGCUGGAUCUGGCCCGGCGACAUGGGCGUCGCCGUCCCCUCCGCUUUCGUCAGUACCGGCGACCUCGAGUCCGCGCGCAACGCGAUCCAGACAAUGUUUCAUUUCCAGCGGGAGUCUGGGAUCUUCCCCCGCGCGGGACCGCCGUAUUUAGAUGCGACGAGCGAUACGUAUCACAUGUGGACCAUGAUUGGCGCGUAUAACUACGUUCUCUUCUCUGGGGAUACCGACUGGCUGGCGGAGAACUGGGCGACGUACCUCAAGGCGAUGGACUACAUUUACGGCAAAGUCAUACCCGAGACGGGAAUCUUGAAUGCCACGGCCCCGGGCGACUGGGCGCGCUACGUCAACUCGCUGAACGGCAGCGCGCCGAACAUGCUCCUCUACCGCACCCUCACCACCGGCGCCUUUCUCGCAGACCUCGCUCCCACUGACACCUCAAACCUCACAACGGGAGAAACAUCAGGAACAAGGACAAACCUCACACAAGCCUGGCUCGCCCGCGCCGAAUCCCUCAAGACAUCAAUCCUCACCCACCUCUGGGACCCAACAAAGGGCGCUUUCAUCGACGGCUACAAAAACCGCACCCUCCACCCCCAAGACGCAAACGCCUACGCCCUAGCCUUCGGCCUCAUCCCCCCCUCCAGCCCCGAAGCCUCCUCCAUCUCCACAGCCCUCACACAAAACUGGACGCCCAUCGGCCCAGCCUCCCCAGAGCUUCCCGGCAACAUCUCCCCCUUCAUCUCCAGCAUCGAAAUCGAAGCGCACUUUGUCGCAGGCCGCCCCGACCGCGCCAUGCAGCUGAUCCGCGACAGCUGGGGAUGGUACCUCAACCACCCCAACGGCACGGAAUCCACCGUGAUUGAAGGAUACCUCGUCGACGGCACUUUCGGAUACCGCAAGAGCCGGGGGUACACGGAUGACCCGAGCUAUGUGAGCCACGCGCACGGGUGGAGUUCUGGCCCGACGAGCGCGAUGACGGAGUACCUCGUCGGGCUCCGCGUCAAGGCGCCCGCGGGCCGGGAGUGGAGUCUGAAGCCGGCUUCGUUCGGCGCCGAGGCGGAGGGGUUGCCGACGGAGGCGCAGGCCGGGUUCACAACGGCGCUGGGGCGGUUUAGCGCCAAGUGGGUCGUUGAGGAGGGCGGUGGCUUUGCGAGCGUGGAGUGGGAUGUGCCUGAGGGGACGAGGGGAUGGGUGCAGCUUGGGGCCGAGGAGGGACGGUGGGUUGAGGGCGGGAAGGGAAGGGCGAAGGUUCCAUGUGGGAAGGGGACGGGGACGGGGACGGGGACGGGCACUCGGGGGAGGAGACGCGCGGCCUCCGGGCCGUGA